AUGGAAACAGCGCUCACUUGCUUCUUCUGUGGCAGAGUCCCACACAGACCCAAAUUCGCCUCUGCUGCGACUGCAAGUGAGCACUUCCCUUCUAACAAUGCCUCCCCACACCUCCGUUUUUCCUUCCCCCCUUCGUUUCGACCAUUUCGCCUCAUUCCAAACGCCGCUAACACCACCGAACCUAAGGUCUCCACCAACGCCAAAAGUAGAAGAAGGAGAAGAAGAAGUUCUGAGACUAUGGGGGUGGUUGUGGAGGAGGCUGUUGGUGUCCAUCAGAACGGAGACCCAAUUGGGAAGAAGGAUCUCGGCAAGAGUGUCAUGAGGUGGAUUCGUGACAGCAUGAGGGCCAUGGCGUCCGAUUUAGCUGCCGCCGAGAUGCAGGGAGAGAUGGACUUGUGGGAGCGCAUGGGACCCGGUCUCACCUUUAUUAUGCAGGCGCAGCCCUAUCUGAAUGCGGUUCCUAUGCCCAUUGGCCUUGAAGGUGUUUGCUUGAAGGCCUGCACGCACUACUCCACUCUUUUCGACCAUUUUCAGAGGGAGCUUCGCGCUGUUCUCCAAGACAUGCAGAACGACAAGUACAUUCAGGACUGGAGGGACACCAAGUCUUGGAAACUGCUUAAGCAGCUCGCCAAUUCAGCUCAGCACAGAGCAGUUGUGAGAAAAAUAACACAACCCAAGAGUGUCCAAGGCGUUUUAGGAAUGGACUUGGGAAAGGUCAAAGCAAUGCAGCACAGGAUUGAUGAAUUCACCAAUCACAUGUCAGAACUACUCCGUAUUGAAAGGGAUGCUGAAUUGGAGUUUACACAGGAGGAAUUGGAUGCGGUUCCUAAACCAGAUGAUACUUCUGAUUCUGCAAAACCUAUUGAUUUCUUGGUUAGUCAUGGCCAGCCUCAACAAGAACUUUGCGACACCAUUUGUAAUUUAAAUGCCAUCAGUACCUCUACAGGGCUGGGGGGAAUGCAUUUGGUAUUAUUCAAGGUUGAAGGGAACCACCGGUUACCACCUACUGCUCUUUCACCUGGAGACAUGGUUUGUGUGAGAACGUAUGACAGCAGGGGUGCAAUUACAACUUCUUGCAUACAAGGAUUUGUAAACAGUUUUGGAGAUGAUGGCUACAGUAUUACAAUUGCUUUAGAGUCACGUCAUGGUGAUCCUACAUUCUCUAAACUAUUUGGGAAGAACGUGCGCAUUGAUCGUAUUCAAGGACUGGCUGAUACACUUACCUAUGAGCGCAACUGUGAAGCUUUAAUGCUGCUUCAGAAAAAUGGUUUACGUAAGAAGAAUCCUUCAAUUUCUGUUGUUGCUACACUGUUUGGAGAUGGGGAAGAUGUUGCAUGGCUAGAGAAGAAUCAUUUGGCUGAUUGGGCAGAAGAAAAAACAGAUCGAAUUUUAGGAAAUGAAACCUUUGAUGAUUCUCAGUUGAGAGCAAUUGCACUGGGUUUGAAUAAAAAGAGGCCUGUAUUGGUUAUCCAAGGCCCUCCUGGUACAGGCAAGACUGGUUUGCUCAAGCAACUUAUAGCUUCUGCUGUUCAGCAAGGUGAAAGGGUUCUUGUUACUGCACCUACCAAUGCAGCUGUAGAUAACAUGGUUGAAAAGCUUUCAAAUGUUGGGUUAAAUAUUGUGCGGGUUGGAAAUCCAGCUCGUAUAUCAAAAACAGUGGGAUCAAAGUCUUUGGAAGAAAUUGUAAAUGCUAAGCUUGCACGUUUUCGAGAAGAGUAUGAGAGGAAGAAGUCGGAUCUAAGAAAAGAUCUAAGACAUUGUUUAAGAGAUGAUUCACUAGCUGCAGGCAUACGCCAACUUCUGAAACAAUUGGGAAGGUCCCUAAAGAAAAAGGAAAAACAGACAGUAAAUGAAGUUCUAUCUAGUGCUCAGGUUGUGCUUGCCACUAAUACUGGAGCAGCUGACCCUUUGAUUCGAAGGCUGGAUACUUUUGACUUGGUUGUCAUAGAUGAAGCUGGACAGGCAAUUGAACCCUCUUGUUGGAUUCCUAUAUUGCAAGGAAAGCGGUGUAUUCUUGCUGGCGAUCAAUCCCAACUUGCUCCUGUCAUAUUAUCUAGAAAGGCCUUGGAAGGUGGUCUAGGAAUAUCUCUAUUGGAAAAAGCUGCAACUUUGCAUGAAGGGAUUCUCACCACUAGGUUAACAACACAAUACCGUAUGAAUGAUGCUAUUUCUAGUUGGGCUUCAAAGGAGAUGUACGGAGGAUUGUUGACGUCCUCUGAGACUGUAUUUUCUCAUCUUCUUGUAGACUCUCCUUUUGUUAAGCCUACUUGGAUAACACAGUGCCCACUACUAUUGUUAGAUACUAGAAUGCCAUAUGGAAGUCUGUCAGUUGGUUGCGAAGAGCAUCUAGACCCAGCUGGAACAGGCUCACUUUAUAAUGAAGGAGAAGCUGAGAUAGUUUUGCAGCAUGUCUUUUCCUUAAUUUAUGCUGGUGUUAGCCCAGCUGCUAUUGCAGUGCAAUCCCCCUAUGUUGCUCAAGUACAACUUUUGAGGGACAAGCUUGAUGAAUUUCCUGAAGCUGCAGGUACAGAGGUUGCAACCAUUGACAGUUUUCAGGGUCGUGAAGCUGAUGCAGUAAUUUUAUCUAUGGUACGGUCAAACACAUUGGGAGCUGUUGGAUUCCUCGGGGAUAGCAGAAGAAUCAAUGUUGCCAUCACAAGAGCACGCAAACAUUUAGCUUUGGUCUGUGACAGCUCGACUAUAUGCCACAAUACCUUCUUGUCAAGACUUCUUCGUCAUAUUAGACACUUUGGUAGGGUGAAACAUGCAGAACCAGGUAGUUUUGGAGGAUUCGGACUUGGGAUGAAUCCGAUAUUACCUUCCAUUAAUUAG